AUGACAUUCGCCCGUCCGUCCAAGCGGCAGAGGCGACAGGCGAGCCUCGACGGCAGCAGCAACGGCGACCACAGCAAUGACAAGGAUAUCGAUGACAGCGGGCAGUAUCAAGGACGUCGUCGCCCUUCAUCGAACGGUCAAAGUCUCGAUGCCUCCAAAUCGAUCCAGCUCCCCUCGGAUAGCGAUGGCCGUGUUGCCCGCGCUUCUGUUUUUUCCGACGUCCACGGCCCGCCUCACGAAUCUCGAAUAACUGCGGCCGACCAAGACGACGACCCACAGGCCGCCCCACCACGCCCCUAUGCCUGCCCCGAAUGCGGCAAGGCCUUCCUGCGUCAGGAGCAUCUCACCAGACACCUCGUGUCCCACUCCGGAGAGGCUCGCUUCGAGUGCGAGCAGUGCGGAAAGCGCUUCCGCAGGCAUGACGUCCUGCAGCGCCACGCAAGGGCGCACGCAGUGCGCUCGGAACAGCUGUCGCGCGAGGACUCGCUCAGCAGCAGACAGCGGUCCGCGCUUAGGAAGGUCGAUGCAGGUGAGAUUGACAUCAUGAGCCGGGGCCAUCAACGUCAGCGUCGAGAUUCAGAGUACUGGACGCUGACACCGCCGCCGUGCUUCGAUUUCUUUAUCGGAGCUCAUCAGACCGCUUCGGUCUACGACGAACCGAGCCCUGAGCCAACAGCUCAUCCAGCGGCAGCCGAGGCCCAAUCUCCCAUGUCAGGUCAAGACCUUGGCCCGAUGCAUGAUGCCGAUGCUCGUGUGCCCACGCUCGCGGGGCUCGACGUCCUGCACAUCCCCGACGAUCAGCACCCCUAUCGCCAACAGGCGGACAGCCUGGUCAUGCCUCCGGUGCCUCAGCCAAAGUUUUCGAACCAAGCCACGGCUCAGCAAGUGGUACAGGGACCUUCACAACCCGGCACUCGGCCAAUCGCGGCCGACGCAGCCACUGCUCACCUUCAGCAUCAGCAGCCGCCCACGUCCUUCCAGUCGUUCCUGGGCUGGCUGAACGCCCCUUCGGCCAAUCAAGAAUCGAAAACAGCGGCAUCUGGUCAGAUGGGCUGGAUGUUUGGCGAAAGCCCGGACGACGAGUCGUUCCUGGACUGGACCUCCUUGGAGGAUCAGCUUCCCAUGCAGCAGCUUCACAUACCCGGCCUGACGCCAGCCGCGCCAACACCAAACCUCGCGCCGACCGUCUCGCGAGCGGCACAAGAUCCAUGCCGAGGGCGCAACACGGCCGCGAACCUCAUGAAGCGGAGCGAGUCGGCCGAGUCCUACUGGAUGGAGAUGCCUGGCGGCUGCAGCUUGCAGGCCAGACAGGGUGCACGUCGCGAGGAGACGAUGGACGAACCGAGCCCAGCAAGAGAAACGACCAAGGCCGCAGCCCCUCUGCCCGCUCAGUCGACGAUCUGGCCUAAUCGCUGGAAUCCAAACGCCAACGACAGCAUGUUCUCCAUCUACGAGUUUACCAACGCUUCUGAAGAACACCUGAUGGUCGAGGAUACGGCCCAAGUGCCCCCGCUAACCGAGGCAGUCAAAGAUCGCAUCUGCCGCGUGCUUCAGGAGCACGAGGCGCAGAGCCACAUUUCUGAAUGGCUCGGCCACAUCUUUGGCCGGGUGAAGGCGGAAACCCUCAACCUCUACCUCCAACUCUACUUCCACCACUUCCAUCGCACCCACCCUUUCCUUCACCAGCCGACAUUUAGCCCGCAAAGAUGCGAGGCCCUGCUGCUCACGGCAAUCUGCGCGGUCGGCGCUCACUUCUCCCACGUCCCCAAUUCGAAGGACACUGGACUGGCACUGGCAAUGCUGGCUCACCGGAGCAUCGGCGCUGCCGUCUAUCAGAACCACGAGCUGUCCAGGUUCACCUCGACCUUCCAAACCUUCACGCUCAUCAACAUCGUCUUCCGCAACCUCGGAGAUCCGGUUAAGCUCGAGCACGCCGAGGCGUUCCGGAACAGCUACGUGACCAUGAUCCGCCGCGCACGGCUGCUGGAAGACAUCGCACCGCCUCGCCUCGCCCCAGGAUCGGACUGCGACGCCGAGUGGAAGGCCUGGAUCCGCUGGGAGGGCGGACGCCGCACAGGCUGGGGAGAUGCCAAGCCGGCGGCACAUCCGCGCUUCUCCUGA